AUGGCCGGCACAUGCUCCAUGCUCUGCUUGAUUCUUAUCACGUUGUUCAUACCUCCUCUCGGUACCUGCCAGGCCAUGUCCACGCAUUCUAUCUCGAAUACGUAUACUACGCCAAUCGCAACGCAGGAACCGGCGAUGCACCACGUCGGGCGCCGGGAGUAUAUUCCGAGCGGAUUCAGCGCGGCGGUCAUCACACAACAUGACAUGCUCAACCUCAAAAAACCUAAAACAAGCCCAUCCAUGCAUAAAUAA